AUGGGCGAUGCAGUGGCGUCAUUUCUUGACGACAGAGAUGCCACAACGACGAACAUGGGUCCAAUCAGCAGUCAUGACUGCGAAAGAGGAUUCACAGCUGCUCUCGGAGUCAUUAUCGGUCUCAUGAUAUGGGGAGUGAGAGCAAUCAAUUACCACUCACUUAUGAGCACGUCCGAUGUCUUUCGUUUCGGCUUCGGUGCCGUCGAUCCUUGUGCAUUCAUAUUGGGUGCCCUCAUGCCAAAUGACAUAGUAACUCUUGCUUCAAUAGCAAAUUCACCGCAGAUCUUGCUGUCCUUCAUGUACCUUGCGAACAACAGCUUGUUCACGGCUAUGCUCAUGGGCUACGAGUGGGUGUCUUAUGCACACAAAAGAAAAGGUCUCCGAACGUCACGGAAGCCAUUAGGAGCCUAA